AUGAAAGAGAACAAGCAAGAGGAGGAAGUUUCAAGACCAUCAGGCGUGGAGAUUUUGGAGGAGGAUCAGAGCUUGCCUGUUGCUGUCGAUCCACAAACCACAAAAUCAUCAUCAUGGCGUCGGAAAAAAGACACGAAUGCACUACUGGCACUUCUGGAUUGGUACAAAUACUUGUUGGAUCGUUACCCUCCCGUGUUGGUCAAAUCAUUAACUGGAGCGCUUAUUUCAUUCCUAGCGACAGUUUCAAGUCAAAAAGCAAUCAAGAGAAUGCCAAAAGUAGACUGGACGAAUGUUAUCAAUUUUACCAUCACGGGUGGUGUCUGUGCAGGCUUCUCUCAUUAUUGGUACAUUCUGUUGGAUAAGAUCAUGGUACAACUCAAGUCCAUGAAGAGUUUACGACCUAUUGUUUACAAUAGAACACUCGAAAGGUUUGCAAUCAUUCCAACCCUCAUUGAUCAAGCCUUCUAUGCUCCCUUCAUCAAUGUUGUAUUCAUCUCAGUGUUAGCCUUUCUUGAAACCCGAUCAUUCUCAGUGGACAAAGCCUUAAUGAACGUUAAGAGAGAUUUCUGGACCACUCUCACUCGUGGAUAUAUGCUGUGGCCAAUUGCGACCAUUGUUGUCUUGUCUGUGGUGCCUUCGGAACUGAGAGUCUUGUUCUUUAAUAUUGUUGGAUUCUUUUGGAGUUUAUAUUUGGCCUAUGCUUUGUAA